AUGAGUGAUGGGGUGCCCAAUAUUUGGCUUGUCACUCGCUUUCAGGAGAAGGUCCUGAGCUUGACCGCCCCUUAUGGCAGACCGACCGUAACUGACUUGCUCUUCUUCCUACAGGUUUUUGGUGCAUUAGUCUGGAUCCUUGUGGCUUCUAUCAACGUUGCUGAUAAAUACAGCCAAGGCUGGGUGAUAUUUGUCUCCCUCCUCCUUUUUGUGUUAACUCUGCUCCUGCUGAUCUGUUAUUUCUUUGGAUGGCCUCGGAAUUCCACAGCCUGGUGUUUCUUGGAUGCUUCAUAUCAUGGUAUUGCAGCUCUCUUUUAUUUCAGUGCUGCAGUUCUGCAGGCUAAUUCGACAGUACGUCACCAAAGUUUGAAUGACAAGGUGUACAAAACUGAUACUGCAGCAACGAUAUUUGCAUUUGCAGCCACUGUGCUCUAUGUUGUUCAUGCCGUGUUCUCAUUCAAAAGGUGGAAAUCAGUGUAAGUGUCUCCGAGCUGGAUGGAAAGUGAACGUUGAACUUGUGGAAGACAUCUCUCAGAAAGUCGAUUUGUCUCCACUCAACGUAUAUCACAGUCAUGCAAUUGUGUAUUGAAAAUGGGGUGGUAAUUCUGUUCUGCUGAAGUGUAAUCUUAUUUUAAUCUUCCUGUAUUUUUCCAUUAUUUCUGUUCCCCGCAUCCCAGCCACUUUUCCCCGACCCAUACUGCCCAUUGUGACAGAUUGUUCAACUGUCGAGGGGUUUUGAGGUAAUUACGGAUGGGAAAAGGAGUUCAGUCCCAAAUCCAUCUCAACUCAGAUCAACAGAAGAGCAUACUUUCAAUAUAUGUUCAAGUGGGGUUCGAGGGUUUGAGCUAAAGGGAGAGACUGAGAGUGCAGUGGGGGUAGUUGGGGCUAUUUUCCCUGGAGUGACGGAGGCUGAAUGGUGACCUUAUAGAGGUUUAUGAAAUCAUGAGGGGCAUGGAUGGAGGUGAAUAGCCAAGGUCUUUAUCCCAGGGUAAGGGAGUCCAAACCUAGAGGGCUUGGGUUUAAGGUGAGAGGGGAAAGAUUUAAAAGGGGCAGAAGGGGAAACUUUCACAUAGAGGGUGUGCAUGUAUGGAAUGAGCUACCAGAGGAAGUGAUGGGGACUGGUACAAUUAUAACAUUUAAAAGGCAUCCAGAUUGGUAUACAAAUAGAAAGGGUUUAGAG